AGACACCAACUACCAAUUUCCGAUGAAAUGUUUUCCAAAAACAAACAAUGAGCCAUCGUUUUGAUGGAUUCAAAGUAAGAGAGAAUGAUGAAGGGGUAAGCAUAACAUGCGAAAAAUAUGGAAACAAGUUUCAACGAGAGUUCCAGCGUAUGUGGAAAGAAAAGAUCCUGUGUGAUGCCACUAUCAUGACCAAGUCAGGGGAAGAUAUCCCCACACAUCGGACAGUCCUGUCGAUGCACAGUGACUAUUUCAUGGCCAUGUUUACUUCUGGUCUCCAGGAAGCACAAGUCUCCAAUCCCAAGAUAAACUUGACAGAAUACCCAGUGGACAUCGUGAAAGCUGUACUUAAGUUUAUGUACACAGGCAGUUUGACAGGCUUGAACCGGGAAACAGUGCAGGACUAUAUAAUGUUGAUGGACCAGCUACAAAUGCUGUAUCUAAAGAACGCUUGCUGUUCUUACAUGGAGGAUAACAUUGACACCAACAACUGUUUAGAUGUAUGGAUAUUUGCUCAAAGAUUUUCCUGUGGAGAAAUGGAAAGAAAAGCUCUGUCUCACGUUAAACAUCAAUUUAGCUUCAUAUCAACUCAAGAAAAUUUCCAGCAUUUAGACUGCGACUCUUUGUUAUUUCUCUUAAGACUGGAUGAUCUUAAUAUAGGCAGUGAAAGAGUGAUUUUGGACUGCAUUCAGAGAUGGCUGGAAUACCAUAAAGGAGCAAGCGUGGAGACUAUCUGGAACAUACUUAAGUGUGUCCGACUCAAUCAGGUGACGGAGGAAGAGAUUUGUCAGUUUUCUGAGAACAUCUUCCAAGGAAAACCCAGCCAAAUGCAAGAUUUGCAGAACUACAUACAGCAUUACAAAACUAGUCGUAAAGAUCGACCACGAAAUCAGAGAAAGCACAUCUUUGUUAUUGGUGGUUAUUUCCAAUCACGGACAGGUCCUUGCUCACCACGUCUUCAAACGGUGGAGCAAUAUGACGUCAUAGAAGACACGUGGAAAUCCACCACCCAGUUUCCCGUACUGGCUUCCAGUUUGUACGCGGUGGAGAUGUUGGGAAAACUCAUUUGUUUUACUUCUUUCUCUACAUUUGUUAUAGGCGUUUUUGAAUUUGAUCUGAUUCAGCUUAAAUGGAAAGACUGUUCUUUGCUAUUUCCUGAAAAUGCUCUUAAGAGUAUCAUGGAGUGCUUUAAAGUUACAGGUGCUAUUACAUACUGUAGUGAGUCCAAUGUAUUGUUUGUAUUGUGUAACAAUAACACAAAUGCAUACAGUAUUGACUGUGAUAAUGGGGACCUGAGAGUGAGCGGAAUACAGAAUUGGAAAUAUCCCAUGAAUCCCUCUUUAGCCUCGUUUGCAGCAGUUGCUCUGAACAAAGAUUUGUAUGUUCUUGGCGGUGAGGAAAGACUCUCCGUAAGGGACGUCACUCAGGUCAAUGACGUUAUGAGGUGUAAUAUUCAGCACAAAAAAUGGGAUGAAGUAACACCCAUGCUAGAAGCCAGGGCCAGUUUUGACGCAGUGAACUUUGAUGGCAGGAUUUACGUGAUUGGUGGGUUUAACACGAGGAGACUUCGGACCGCUGAAAUGUACUCACCAUUAACAGAACAGUGGACUACAGUUUGUAGCAUGAACAAGGAAAGGAGCCAUCUUAAAGCUGCCGUGCUGUCCAACAAACUCUAUGUGAUUGGAGGUAAAUCGUACUCUAGAUUUGAAGGUGGAGCCCGGAAGGUGUUGAGCACAAUGGAGGUUUAUGAUUCGUACACAGAUACCUGGAGUUUUGUACAACCCAUGCAACAGAGCAGGUGUAUGUUUGGAGCGGUUGUUCACUAGGAAUAAGACCCAAAGCAAUGUUGGACCAAAUAUAGCAUUGCAUGCUUCCAGCUGAGUGUGUGUAUGUGUGGAGCCAUCGUUUAUUGGAAAGAAAGAAAACCCAAAAUAAUCCCCAAUACAUUUGAUAUAUAUAUCUAGAUAGGCUACCAACAAUAGGGGUCAUCCAACAUUGAAAGAAUAAUCAUAUACAGAAAAUUUAAUGCAAUAUUGUGGAUAUGAUAACGACAAAAAUUGUCUCUAUUUUAUGGGUCGUCACACAUUGACAGAUUAUAAACUGUGACUUGUAUAUUAAUGACAUAGCUAUUGGUGCAGCACAUCUGGUGCCUCUUUAGUACCACAAAAAAAACCGGAUAGAAUUCGUAUAUCAGGGGUUUGUAGGGUUGGGGAUUUUCUUUUUCUAAAAUUUAGCUUGAAAUAUGGUGAUUUUUUGUUACUGAGUUUCAUUUUAUGGAAUUAUAUCUUGGUAAUUCUAUAGCUAAAGAAAAUCCCCCACAUCCAACUCUCUAAAAUUACUCGAUUUCAGGUACGUAUAAUAGGGUUAUUUUUGCCUCAUGUUUUUGUCCUUCUACCCUUCAAACGGUUUCAUCCCGUUUUAAGUUCGCCCAGACACAGUUGUGUUAAAGAGGGAUAUAAGAGAGAACAGUUUUGUCCAGUCUUAAAAAUUCUCCCUCUGAAAAUGAGGGCGAAAGGAGCUAAAAUAAAACGAGGGCGAAAAUUUCCCUGUUAACAGUAGUUAUGUUCACAACAGAAUAAAUGUGUCUUGUGUGCUGUCAAACACUGGCAUAUUAAUCACGAUGUCCUACAAUAUAAUUAUAUAGAUAUGCUGCCAACAUAGCAUAUGUCUCGUUUUGGCUGUUUGUCACUGACAUAAUAUAGAUUACAGUGAUUUGUAAUGAUGUAGGUAUGUUGAUUAUAUAGGAGGUGUCUUGUAUGGGGCGAAAAAUACUCGCGAUGAUUUGUAAUGCUUGUAUGUUAAUGUAUCUAUGCUGAUGGUAGAGCUGGUCUUUCUUAUUGGCUGUCAAACACUGAAUAUUUACCGUGUAAUGUAUUAUUGUAUCUGUACUGCCAAGAAUCACUGACAAAAUACCGACAGUGACUCGUGAUAAUUUGCCAAAAUACCGACAGUGACUCGUGACAAAAUACCGACAGUGACUCGUGACAAAAUACUUGUGACAAAAUACCGACAGAGACUCGUGACAAAAUACCGGCAGUGACUCGUGACAAAAUACUCGUGACAAAAUACCGACAGUGACUCGUGACAAAAUACCGACAGUGACUCGUGAUAAUUUGGUUAUGGUGAUAUUGGAGCAGUUGUCUGUUGUGGUCCAAUCGAUCAUUGAGACUAUAUUCAAAGUGGUACACGCAAUAAUGAAGCCAUGCGGACAGGUAGCGCGUGUCCGUUAUGGACCGUUGAUCGUAACCACGGUUUUCCCUAUGUUAAUUAUUUAUCAGAGCAGGUGUGUGGCUGAAACUGUUGCCAGUCACCAGAAAUUGUGAUGUGACGUUUGAAAUAAAAGAACACUUUCUUUGGA